AUCCUAGUGCAAACCGAAGAGGUUGAGCACGGGAAGUUUGUCAGGAAGUGUGAGAAGACCGAGCAGAUUCUCAAGGAUUGCAUCGGAAGGCCUGUUGAAGUAGUUAAAUCCGACACAGAAUUCACCGAAGAGUAUGUCACAAAUGAGAUGGUUAAAAGAUCAUUUUACUUCGAGUCUCAGGCAUUGAACUCUUUUACUUUCUGGCCAACACAAUGAUCUUGAAGCUCU